CGCCCCCCGCCGCCAUUUUCCGUGUUUUCUCCACCACUUUUGAAUGCAUAAACUGUAAUAUUUCAACUCCUGCGGGGACUUGACAUACCUGGCCUCUCCAAUUUUAGUGGGGCGAAAGGUUGCCUCCGAAUUUGGCCAAGGAUACGUCAGAAUUAAACGACCAUGUACAUCAAACAGGUCAUCAUCCAGGGGUUCCGAAGUUACAGGGACCAGACUGUGGUAGAUCCAUUCAGCUCCAAGCACAAUGUCAUCGUUGGGCGAAAUGGAUCAGGAAAAAGUAACUUUUUCUAUGCCAUUCAGUUUGUGCUCAGUGAUGAGUUCAGCCAUCUUCGACCUGAACAGCGCUUGGCCUUGCUCCAUGAGGGAACUGGGCCUCGUGUUAUUUCUGCAUUUGUGGAAAUUAUAUUUGACAACUCUGACAACCGUCUACCGAUUGACAAAGAGGAAGUCUCCCUUCGUCGUGUCAUCGGUGCAAAGAAGGACCAGUAUUUUUUGGACAAGAAGAUGGUGACUAAGAAUGAUGUGAUGAACCUUCUGGAAAGUGCUGGCUUCUCCCGCUGUAACCCCUACUACAUCGUCAAGCAGGGCAAGAUCAACCAAAUGGCCACCGCUCCUGACUCCCAGCGUCUGAAACUAUUGAGAGAGGUAGCAGGAACACGAGUGUAUGAUGAACGCAAAGAGGAGAGUAUUUCACUCAUGAAGGAAACAGAGGGAAAGAGGGAAAAGAUCAAUGAACUGUUGAAGUACAUUGAGGAGCGUCUGCACACUCUGGAAGAUGAGAAAGAGGAGCUUGCUCAAUACCAAAAGUGGGACAAGAUGAGAAGGGCCCUUGAGUACACCAUCUACAACCAGGAGCUCAAUGAAACCCGUGCUAAACUGGACGAGCUGUCCUCCAAGAGAGAGACGUGUGGUGAUAAAUCCAGACAGUUACGUGAUGCUCAGCAAGAUGCCAGAGACAAAGUAGAGGAGACAGAGCGUGUUGUGCGAGAAUUAAAAUCCAAGAUCUCGGCCAUGAAGGAAGAGAGGGAGCAAUUGUCGGCUGAGCGCCAGGAGCAGAUUAAACAGAGGACCAAACUAGAGCUGAAGGCCAAGGACCUGCAGGAUGAGCUGGCAGGCAACAGCGAACAGAGGAAACGCCUUUUGAAAGAGCGUCAGAAGUUGCUGGAGAAAAUCGAGGAGAAACAAAAAGAACUACAGGAGACGGAGCCAAAAUUCAAUAUGGUGAAAGAAAAAGAAGAGCGGGGUAUCUCCAGACUGGCCCAGGCUACUCAAGAGAGGACAGACUUGUAUGCCAAGCAGGGCCGUGGCAGUCAGUUCACCUCCAAAGAGGAAAGGGAUAAAUGGAUAAAGAAAGAGCUGAAGUCGCUAGACCAGGCCAUUAAUGAUAAAAAAAGGCAGAUUGCAGCCAUCAACAAAGAUCUGGAGGACACAGAGACCAACAAAGAGAAAAACCUGGAACAGUAUAGUAAACUUGAUCAAGAUCUAAACGAGGUCAAGACCCGAGUUGAGGAGCUGGACAAAAAGUACUACGAAGUGAAGAACCGGAAGGACGAGCUGCAGAGUGAAAGAAACUACCUGUGGCGUGAGGAGAAUGCAGAGCAGCAAGCCCUGGCAGCCAAGCGUGAGGACCUGGAGAAGAAACAGCAGCUCCUUCGAGCAGCCACCGGCAAGGCUAUCCUGAAUGGCAGCGACAGCAUCAACAAAGUCCUUGAACAUUUUCGCCGCAAGGGCAUCAACCAACACGUGAUCAAUGGUUACCACGGCAUUGUCAUGAAUAACUUUGAGUGUGAGCCUGCCUUUUACACUUGUGUGGAGGUGACUGCUGGUACCAGACUCUUCUACCACAUCGUGGAGACGGAUGAAGUCAGCACCAAAAUAUUGAUGGAGUUCAACAAGAUGAAUUUGCCUGGAGAAGUCACAUUCCUGCCGCUAAGCAAGCUGGAUGUCAGGGACACUGCCUACCCGGAGACCAACGAUGCCAUUCCGAUGAUCAGCAAGCUGCGAUACAGCACCAACUUUGACAAGGCCUUUAAGCAUGUGUUUGGGAAGACCCUGAUAUGCCGCAGCAUGGAAGUUUCAACACAACUGGCCAGAGCAUUCACCAUGGACUGUAUCACGCUAGAAGGUGACCAAGUGAGUCACCGUGGAGCCUUAACAGGCGGCUAUUACGAUACCAGAAAGUCUCGCCUGGAGUUGCAGAAAGACAUGAGGAAGGCUGAGGAAGAGCUGGGUGAGCUGGAGGCCAAGCUCAACGAGAAUCUGCGCAGGAACAUUGAACGUAUCAACAAUGAGAUCGACCAACUGAUGAACCAGAUGCAGCAGAUUGAGACCCAACAGAGGAAGUUCAAGGCUUCCCGGGAUAGUAUUCUUUCUGAGAUGAAGAUGCUGAAAGAGAAGAGGCAACAAUCUGAGAAGACGUUCAUGCCAAAGCAACGGAGUCUUCAAAGUCUGGAGGCCAGCCUUCACGCCAUGGAGUCCACUAGAGAGUCACUAAAGGCUGAGCUGGGGACAGAUCUGCUUGCUCAGCUCAGCUUGGAGGACCAGAGGCGAGUGGAUGACCUCAAUGAUGAGAUCCGACAGCUUCAGCAGGACAACAGACAGUUGCUGAAUGAGAGAAUUAAGUUGGAGGGGAUCAUGACCAGAGUGGAGACGUAUCUGAAUGAAAAUUUGCGGAAGCGUCUCGAUCAAGUGGAGCAGGAGCUAAAUGAGUUGCGAGAGACUGAAGGAGGCACGGUGCUCACAGCCACAACAUCUGAGCUGGAUGGCAUCAACAAAAGAGUCAAGGAUACACUAGCCCGAUCAGAAGAUCUGGACACUUUGAUUGACAAGACAGAGGUGGAGAUCAAGGACCACAUUAAGAGCAUGGACCGCUGGAAGAAUGUAGAGAAGGAGCAAAACGAUGCAAUCAACCAUGACACCAAGGAACUGGAGAAGAUGACCAAUCGGCAGGGCAUGCUGCUUAAGAAGAAGGAAGAGUGCAUGAAGAAAAUUCGAGAGUUGGGUUCGCUGCCUCAGGAGGCGUUUGAGAAGUACCAGACCCUCACACUCAAACAGUUGUUUCGGAAACUGGAGCAGUGCAACACAGAGCUGAAGAAAUACAGUCAUGUCAACAAAAAGGCCCUGGAUCAGUUUGUUAACUUCUCUGAGCAGAAAGAGAAACUUAUCAAGCGUCAAGAUGAGCUGGACCGAGGCUACAAGUCCAUCAUGGAGCUAAUGAAAGUCUUGGAGUUGCGGAAGUAUGAGGCAAUACAGCUCACCUUCAAACAGGUGUCAAAAAACUUCAGCGAAGUAUUCCAGAAGCUGGUGCCUGGAGGCAAAGCUACACUGGUGAUGAAGAAGGGAGACGCUGAAGGCAGCCAGUCCCAGGAUGAAGGUGAGGGCGGUGCAGACAGCGAGAGGGGUUCCGGGUCGCAGAGCAGCGUUCCGUCAGUAGACCAGUUCACUGGUGUCGGAAUCAGGGUGUCGUUCACAGGGAAGCAGGGUGAGAUGAGAGAAAUGCAGCAGUUGUCUGGAGGUCAAAAGUCUCUGGUGGCUUUGGCUCUGAUCUUUGCCAUCCAAAAGUGUGACCCUGCCCCUUUCUACCUGUUUGAUGAGAUCGACCAGGCCCUCGACGCCCAGCACAGGAAGGCUGUCUCAGACAUGAUUGUUGAACUGGCUGGUCACGCUCAGUUCAUUACCACAACCUUCAGGCCUGAGCUAUUGGAGUCUGCUGACAAAUUCUAUGGAGUAAAAUUCAGAAACAAGGUGAGUCACAUCGAUGUGAUCACAGCGGAGCAGGCUAAAGACUUUGUCGAGGAUGACACCACCCAUGGUUAAGCCCCCUGCUGUGUUUUCUUCUGCAUACUUAAGGUGCAAAAUACACCACUAUUACACCUACAGACUUUUUUCCUUCUCGUUCUUAUGUUGACAAUAAAAUAUUGUUACCCUCUCGGAUGUUCAGUAAGGUUCAGUUUUGAAUGUGGCUGAAUUUGUUUAGGUUCUCUGAAUUGCAGAUACAUAUUUUCAGUUUACCCUCAACAUAUUUGACCCAUCUUUCAAUAAAACCGAACAUUUGAACAUAAACACAAUUUAGCCAUAUUUCCCGCGUGGUUAUUAAUGUGUUUAUGUAUAUGGCACUGAGCUGAACAGCUUGUCUCAUUUUAUUGUAAGGAAUUCAUUCAUUUUUGUUCAAGUGCAUGAGGUGGUCAGAACUUUGGAAAAGCACAUUCAUUUGUACAGUCUGCUUAAUUCCCAAUUCAAUGGGAACUGAAAUCCAUCUAUUUAAGCUAUUCUUUAAAAAUGUUAUUUCAUCUGUCAAACUAUACAAACGUCUUCCUUGUUGUGUUUUUUUAAUAAAUGUUCAAAUACUGUG